GUCGGGUGUUUUCUGUACUCGAUACCACAGAAAUAUUAAAUUUGAUUAUGAGUCAUCUUUUAUUUUGGAACUGUCAACAACAGAACACCUGAACAAUUAUUGAUAUAUUGCGUUGAUAUACAUUCUCGAAAAUGAGUUUCUUCACAAAAAUAUUUGGUGGCAAAAAAGAUGAAGCUCCUAAUACGGGAGCUGCUAUCCAAAAACUACGUGAGACAGAGGAAAUGUUGAAUAAAAAACAAGCAUUUCUGGAAAAGAAAAUAGAGCAAGAAAUUUUAAUUGCUAAACAAAAUGCUGCUAAAAACAAAAGAGCUGCUAUCCAAGCCUUGAAGAGGAAGAAGCGAUAUGAGAAACAACUUCAACAAAUAGAUGGUACUCUCACAACUUUAGAAUUACAAAGAGGCACAUUAGAAGAAGCAGUAACCAAUACCGAUGUCAUCCAGACGAUGAAAGAUGCUGCAGAUGCUAUUAAGCAUGCUCACAAACAUAUGAAUGUUGAUCAAGUACAUGAUAUAAUGGAUGAUAUUGCUGAGCAACAAGAUGUAGCUAACGAGAUAUCUCAAGCCAUCAGCAACCCAAUUGGCUUUGGAGAGGAUAUAGAUGAAGAUGAAUUGAAUAAGGAGCUUGAGGAUCUUGAACAAGAAACAUUAGAUAAUGAGUUACUUGAUAUCACUUUGCCUGCUGAUAAACUUCCUGAUGUACCCAAGGAGGCUGUAAAACCAAAACCAACUUCAUCUAAAAAAGCUGUCGAAGAUGAUGAGGAUAUGAAGGCUUUAGCCGAUUGGGCUUCAUAAAAACAGAGUUACUUUUGAAAACAAUCUAUAUAGUGGUUCAUCUGACAAGGUCCGGUUCAUUUAAUUUUAUUAGAAAAAUUGCCUCCUGAUGAAAACAUGAGUUGCUUUAAAUUGUAAAUAUCUAAAUAUGUAUACAUUGAAUAAUUAAAAAUACCAACAAAUGAA